AUGGCUGAUGGGCAAGAGUCUGAAGUGGAGCUAGGCUUUCAACAUUACAUUUAUUUUGCAACAACUGGCAAAAAGUGGCUGAUCCCAAGCCCAUUGAUCAAAGACAGUGGUGACCACAAGUGGCUCCAGAUUGUAACAGCUAACUAUGGGUUAUGCAAUUUGUUGACAGAAGGAUCAGUGGGCAAGCAGCCAACUUUGAAAGGCAGCAAGGGGCUUUCUGAGCUUUUGGGGAUGAGGGCUCAAAAGAUGUCCUCUCAGUUUCAGGCAAAUGACCUUUUUGAAGAAGAUGCAGGGUCCAGCAAGACUGCCAAGAGAAGGAAGAAAGCUUCCACUGUAGAUGGAGCUGAAAGCAUUACCCUUGAACUGCCUGAUUUUGGGUCAUUGCUCAUCAGAGCAUGCAAGAAAAAGACUGAAGAUUUGCAUAUUGUUUACACUGCUGAAAAUGUUGGUGUGUUUUGCAAAUGGAUGUAUGCCAAGGGUGCUGAUGGUGAUAAUGACAAAAGAAGGGCAUACACCCAAACUGGCAAGUAUGCCAAAAGUAGCAAGGAAGAUCAAGAGGAUUGA